CUUCUUCUUCUUCUUCUGCCUCCUCCUCCUCUGUCUCUCUGUAGCUGAAUGGGGUGGAUCCUUUGUGUUUUUAUGUUUCUUCCAUCUGUUUGUACAAGCCUAGACACCUUGGUACCAGAAGAAUCUCUCAGCGCAGACCAGACCUUGAUUUCUUCCGGUGGAACAUUUGCAUUAGGCUUCUUCAGUCCUGAAAAUUCUAAGAAAUUCUUCCUUGGAAUAUGGUACAACACAAUCCCAAAGAAACCGAAAGUAAGGGUUGCCAACAGAGGAUCCCCACUUGAUUCUCCGGGUGUUUUGAUGCUUGGCGCUGAUGGAAAUCUUGUGGUGUUAGAUGGGAUGACUAGAAAACAAGUCUGGUCGUCUAAUGCAUCGAUACCAGCUUCUGCAAUGAAUGCCACAACUGCUGUAUUGAUGGAUAGUGGAAACCUUCGACUAAUAUUUGUACAAGACGUUUUGUGGCAGAGCUUCCAUCAUCCCUCUGACACAUUGUUGCCCAGUAUGAAGCUUAGCCUGAACAAAAUAACAGGCCAACAAUCGCGUCUUACUUCCUGGGCAGCACUUGAUGAUCCACAACCCGGAAUGUUCAGCGCAGGCAUUGAUCCGAAAGUUCCCCUGCAGCUAAUUAUUUGGAAGGGAAAUGCUACAUAUUGGAGAAGUGCUGUUCAGUUUGGCAAGGAGGUUAAAAGAUACCUUAGAAAUCAAAGUGGAGGGUUCCUUUCUUACAAUUUCGAUGCUAAUGAGAUUGAUCUUACUUUUGGUGUGUCAAAUAGCUCUCUAAAACCGAGGGUCGUUUUGAGCCCAACAGGUGAGUUAAAUCUGCAGCUGUGGACUGAAUUUGAUACAAUUAAGACAUGGUUUAAAGCAUGGGAAGAACCUAUUAAUAAAUGUGAUUUUUAUGCUGCAUGCGGUCCAUAUGGAGCCUGUGAUAAGAACAGUGAUCCCCUCUCGUCACAAUGCAAGUGUUUGAAAGGUUUUAGGACCGAAUUACAUAAACAAUCGGCUCAGGGGGACUGGCCCGGUGGUUGUGUUCCGGAAAAGCCAUUGACAUGUGAUAAAGGGGAAGGGUUUGAAAAGUUUGAGAAAAUGAAACUGCCGGAUCAUGCUAUUAUUUUAGGAAAUAUGAGUACAAGUGAGUGUGAAUCUGAAUGCCUACGGAACUGCUCUUGCACAGCUUAUGCUUAUUCAAAUGUGAUAGAAGGAGGGACUGUAAAAUGCUUGACAUGGCUUGAUGACUUGAUGGAUCUCGUAGAGAAUCAUUGGCUUGGGCAAACCAUGUAUAUUCGUGUUCACCGCUCUGAUCAAGGCGGUAAGGGUCAUGUUGAUAAGCUGUCCCUUGUAAUCCCAAUAGCCUCAACAACAUCAGGAUUGCUUACAAUAAUUUUUGGCUAUUUAUUGUGGACGAAAAUAUUGAGAAAUGAAGGGAGCGUAGGAAGGAGCAUAAGCGAGUCUAUAAGAAAUUUUAGCCUUAGAGGCAGAAAGAAUGACCCCGAACUACCACUCUUCAGUUUAAGGAGUAUAGCAGCUGCUACAAAUAACUUCUCUGAAACUAAUAAACUCGGAGAGGGAGGAUUUGGUCCUGUUUAUAAGGGGAUUUUGAUUGCAAAUGAAGAAGUAGCCAUAAAAAGGUUGUCAAAGAAGUCAGGGCAAGGGCAUCAGGAGUUCAUGAAUGAGUUAAAGCUUAUAGCCAAGCUCCAACAUACCAAUCUUGUUAGGCUAUUGGGUUGCUGUAUUGAAGAAGAGGAAAUGAUAUUGAUCUACGAAUACAUGCCCAAUCGAAGUUUGGACAAAUUUUUGUUUGAUUCAUCUGAAAAGACAAAACUGGAUUGGCGUACACGCUUUCGAAUUUUAGAAGGUGUUGCUCAAGGAGUACUUUAUAUCCACAAGUAUUCUAGAUUGAAAAUCAUUCACAAGGACCUAAAAGCAAGCAACGUUCUGUUGGAUGGAACAAUGAAACCCAAAAUUUCAAACUUUGGGAUGGCAAAAAUUUUCGGGAUGGAUCAAACUGAGGCAAAUACAAACAGGGUUGUUGGGACAUUUGGUUACAUGUCGCCUGAGUAUGCCCUCUAUGGCCGUUUUUCAGAAAAAUUAGAUGUGUUUAGCUUUGGAGUGUUACUCUUAGAGAUUGUGAGCGGAAAGCGGAAUUCUGCUUUUCAUGAUUCUGAAGAUCCGCUUACACUUGCUGGAUGGGCAUGGAAGUUAUGGCAAGAAGGAAGAGGAAUCGAGGUUAUUGAUGAAUCGUUAAGGGAAACGUGCCAACGUGAUGAAGCUUUGAGGUGUAUCCAUGUAGGGUUAUUGUGUGUUCAAGAAGCUCCAGCUGAUCGACCAACAAUGUCUUCGGUAAUUUGUAUGAUGCAAGGCAAUGAAGCUACAUCACUUCCACCCUUCAAAGAACCUGCUUUCGUAAUACAUAAGAGUGCCUGUGCUGUUGGUUCUUCUCGUCAAACACCUGCCAGUUUUUCGAACAAUGAACUCACCGUUAGUUUGCCAGAAGGUCGAUAGGGGUUCAGUCAUGUUUCGUUUGUGAACGUAAAAAUUAGAUAUAUAUGUGUGUGUGUGUGUGUGUGUGUGUGUGUGUGUAAACCUUAAGAAAAAACUCGACAUUCAACUCUUCUUUUCCAUGUCGGAAGAUCCUUGAUUUUGCUAUAAUGUAUCUGUUUUAUACAAAGACGGAAGAUCUUUGGGAUGGAUCAAAUCAUCAAACUGAUGCACACAGUAAGUGCUCUAAUGUAUCUGUUUUAUACAAAGACGGAAGAUCUUUGAAGAUUCCGUGACGCUUGCUGGUCGGGUAAGUAUUAGAAAGCAUAGUUUAUAUA